CAAUCUCAUAUGAGUCAUAUCACUUGCUGUUCUAGUUAUCUACCAAAAAAAAUGUCUUCAUCUUAUUCUUCUUUUUCUUCUUCAAUGGUUGCUGUCACUUUGGUUAUGGUUUUGCUAUUAGUAGAUAGCUCUUCAGCUAAGCUAUCAACCAACUUCUAUUCUAAGACUUGUCCGAAACUACUAAGUACCGUGGAAUCUGAGGUAAAAUCGGCGGUGUCGGAGGAAAAACGCAUGGGUGCUUCUCUACUUCGCCUCCACUUCCAUGACUGCUUUGUUCAAGGUUGUGAUGGAUCAAUACUCCUAGAUGACACUUCUUCUUUCCGAGGGGAACAAACAGCUGGCCCAAACAACAAGUCUAUCAGAGGUCUGAAUGUAAUUGAACGCAUCAAGUCCAAGGUGGAGGACGUCUGUCCUGGUGUAGUGUCAUGCGCUGAUAUCGUAGCCAUUGCCGCUCGUGAUUCAGUUGUUCUUCUUGGAGGACCCAGUUGGAAUGUCAAACUUGGAAGAAGGGACUCCAGAACCGCCAGCUUUUCUGCUGCAAAUGGUGGCCAAAUUCCUGCCCCCACUUCCAACCUUAACACUCUCAUCAAAACAUUCCAAGCCAAGGGACUGUCAACCAAGGAUAUGGUUGCCUUAUCAGGAUCACACACGAUUGGACAAGCAAGGUGCACCGUAUUCAGAGCCCGUGUGCACAAUGAUACCAACAUUGAUAGUUCUUUCGCUCGAACAAGGCAAGGGAACUGCCCACUAAACUCUGGGGAUAACAAUCUGGCUCCUCUAGACCUUCAAACUCCUACUACUUUUGAUGUUAACUACUACAAGAACCUUGUGAAUCAGAAGGGUCUUUUUCACUCUGAUCAAGAGCUACACAAUGGCGGAUCCACCGACUCGCUUGUUGAAACAUACAGCAAAAAUCCCAAGACUUUUAAUUCCGAUUUUGCUGCUGCCAUGAUCAAGAUGGGUGAUAUUAGCCCACUCACUGGAUCAAAAGGCGAAAUUAGGAAAAAGUGUGGGAGGGUGAAUUAAUGGAAGAGUAGAAGUCUUGUUUUUUGAUUUUUCCCAGAAUUGGUAGUGUUUUUUUUUUUAAUGGAAACGAUAAAAUUUCAUAUUAAGAAGGAAUAUUCGAAAAAAUGAUAGACAUAAUAAAGUUAGACGUCUACUUCAACUGUACAACCCAGAAUUGUUAAUGUUGUUUAUUCUGUUUGUUUUGUUCUAUGUUGUAUUUCCUGGAGGGAUAUAGAUGGUAUAAGGAAGGAAGGAAGGAAGGAAUGAAGGAAGAGCAAGUGUGAUUACUUAGAACAAUAGUACUAGACUUUUGAGUAUUCUUCUUUGAAUUUUCAUGACCAAUAAAUAUUGUUAUGGUGUUUUCACCUUAAUUUUUGUUCUUCUUCUUUGACAAGUUCAUUUUUUUUUUUUUCAUGAAAAUC